AUGCCGACAUCCGCUCCGCGCGCCAAUCUGCGCUUCCCGGCGCCGGCUUCGUUGCACCGACGCUGCCGUCGCAAGCGACGACAGGCGCAACCAGAGGCCGCUGCGCUGCUUCAGAUCGCGCGUCUCGUCGCCGCAUCCCCUGGCUCUCGCGGCCCUCUCGCUCAGCUUCUCAACGCGGCGGAGGGCGGUGCGUCUCUCUUCCCCUCAUCGUCCGUGCGGCCGACUUUCGCGUCAGAUGCGCCACCGUACACGUCAAUCUAUCCUCCCCUCGCUGUGGGCGCCCCUCAAACUACACCCGCGGCUGCGUGGCUCAAUCCGCGGAACUCCCCAUCGGCGGAGGGUCCGCGCGCCAGCCUCCGCGAUCUGAACGUCGCGGCCGGAGCCCUUGCGGCCGCCGCUGCGCCUGAUAGUCCGCAGGCGCGAGCACUCGGGGGAACUGGCGCGUAUGGGGAAGCUGUGAGCACCGAACGCGCAUCGCUGAAGCGGAAAUCUUGGGAUCUGGCUGAUGGUGAGGGGCGUAGAGCAUCGAACGCGCCGUUCCCCACCAGCGGGUCCGGUGGGAAGAGCUUUGGGGCUUUGUUUUCCCCCCCAGCAAAAUUUAGGCCUAGGGGGGAGUGGGAGAAUGGUGAGGCGGAGGGGGAGGGGGAAGGGGAAGGGGAAGGGGAGGGAGGAGCUGAGAUGAAUGGCAACAAGAAGAAGAUGCGGCUUACGAGGGAGCAACUAUCAAUGCUGGAGGACUUUUUCAAGAAGCAUCCGCAUUUGACGCCGCGGCAAAAGGCGGGUUUGGCAAAGAGUUUGGGCGUGCGGGUGCGGCAGGUGGAGGUGUGGUUUCAGAACCGGCGGGCGCGCACCAAGGUGAAGCAGACAGAGGCGGAGCUUGAGGGGCUGAGGAGGCGAUGCCAACUGCUGGCCGAAGAGAAUAAGCGGCUCAAGCUGCAGCUGGCUGUGAGGGAGAGGGAUGAGGAGGAAGCGAAAAGAAAAGAGAUGGUGGGGACUUCCAGGAGCAUGGAUGGGCAGGCAAGCGAGAACUCGAUGAAGGCUAUUGAAGCAAGGGGGCCCAAGUGCAACUCUUGUCAUGCAGAUAAGGAAUUGGAAGUGGAGGAAACACCUGUAGAAGAGGGGGACGUCCCAUUUAUCAAGUUUUUGUAA